AAUGUGCAUAAGAAGCAUCGUCGACUAUAGAAUGUCAGAAAAGGAGUUUGAAGAGAUUGAGCGAAAGAAAGAGAAAAAGAAGAAGCGCCCGAAGCCUAUAUGGCCUCCGCCCGCUUCGAAGAUCGCCCAGGGCACCUGUCCAGUCAAAGCCAACAUCAACAUCCCCCAGUCUAUCAACUUCAACAGGAUAUCACUGUUCCGAGAACGGCCUUGUGCCCCAUGUGAUCAGCCGAAACCACGCAAACGACCCCUUUGGCAGUUCUGGCAUUGGUUUAGUAAGAAGGACGAAGAUGAACUUGAAUCUGAUACCACAACAGACUCGGACACUGAAGAUUCUCCUGGCAGUGGUUCUGAUACUGAUGAUAGCGGAAGACCUGGUAGUCCAGCAGGUCCCGCAGCAGCAGAAGCCGGUGGUGCCAAAGGGAGGAGAAGCAUAUUCAGUCGAAGGGUGGCAACAGCCGGUGUUACUGGCGGACAGGCUGGUCCAGUUGGACCUGGCGGUAUGGCCGGACCUGGUGGUAUGGCCGGACCUGGUGGUAUGGCCGGACCUGGAGGUGACCUGGUGGUGCUGCUGGUGUCGGUGGUACUCCAGGAACUGCUGGAGUUCCCGGAGUGGCUGGCCCUCCUAGACGAAGUCGAUUUGGUCGAAGGGCAAUUGUUGCACCAGCCGCUGUCGGUGUGGCCGGAGCUCCAGGAGUUGCUGGUGCUGGGAGACCAGGUGUCGGUGGUGCCCCGGGAGUAG